AUGAACAAUAACAACAACAACUUCACGUUCCCCUUACGUGACUAUGAAGCCAAGUACGACUACAAGCUUACAAAUCCCAACGGUAAGCUUUCCGAUGUUUGGUUGCAUAAAGAAUACCAGAAGCUAUCCCUACAAGCCAACCUGUCUAGAGAGAGAAGAAAGAGGAAUGUAGGGGAAGUCGGUGGCACCGAUGACGACAACGAAAUGGUUCCAUGUGAAGACAUCAUACUUUCCGACAGUGAUAGUGUUGGAACAGUCUCUGGUACAGCUCAUCCUCCAAAGAGAAGAUUGACUGCACUCACUGUGAAUGAGAAUAUGAAUUCAAAUAAAAUGAUGUCGUUUCAAAUAGAUUCUCCAGGCUGUGUUCAACCCCUGCUGCCGUUUUCUAACCGUCUGUCCACGUCAAACAGCGCUCUCGCUACAGCUACUACUCCCGCGUGUGCACCCACUAUACCAGAUCCACAUCAACAACCAGUCCGUCGACCUAGAACCCCAAAUGCUAUAAAUUCUCCCACACAUACACCUGUGUCUGACGAAGAUGAUCCGAUCCAACAGUUGCCCCUUCCAUCCCCAAGUGCAUCUCCUAUUGACCUGGAACAGUCUCAUGCAUCAAAAUUGAGCUUUGAAUCAAUAGAGCGACUGUUGACAACUAUACCCACCACCCAAGGUGAAUUAAUGGAUUUAAUGACCAACUUGUUUGGAUACUUUAACGAACGCAACCAAAAUCAUUUCAUUUUCAGAUUGUUGCAAAAUGUUAAUCGUGCUUCCUUGAGUACUUUUAACGGAUUAAUUCACAACUCGUUGAAGAGAGAUCUUUUAACCAACUUACCUGUGGAGAUAACCAUGAAGAUAUUGAAAUACUUGGAUUAUCAAACAUUACUUACGCUUUCCCUUGUGUGUAAAUCAUGGUAUGACAAGAUAAAUAACCCCGAUCUUUGGAUUAAUUUACUCAUGAAGGACAAGUUAAUAACCGAUCCGGAAAUAAUCAAACAAGAAUUGCAUGAUCCGCAACAAUUACUAGAACAGUGGUGCCGAUUACCCAAUGUGAAUCCUGCUCAAGCAUUAUACAAAAAGAGAAGCAUAAUUGUCAAUCGAUGGAUGGAUCCAAAUUAUGAACCUAAACGUAUCAGUGUCACUGGUCAUGGAAAUAAAGUGGUUACUUGUUUACAACAUGACGAUGAAAAAAUCGUUACUGGUGUUGAUGACAAGUGUAUUUUAAUAUAUAGUACCAAGACCGGGAAAUUAAUGAGGGUAUUGGAAGGACACGAAGGUGGUGUGUGGGCUUUAAAGUAUACUGGUAAUACUUUGGUCACUGGGUCUACCGAUAGAACUGUCCGGGUAUGGAAUAUGAAGACAGGAAUAUGUACCCAUGUUUUCCGAGGUCAUACCUCCACCAUUAGAUGUUUGGAUAUCAUUCAUCCUACUGUGGUGGGUAAAGAUGCCAAUGGCAAUGAUUUAAUCUUUCCCCAAUUCCCCCUCUUAGUCACUGGAUCGCGUGAUCAUAAUAUCCAUGUGUGGAAAUUACCCCUUUGUGAUGAUGGUGAUGAUGUUGAUGAUGACACGGUUGUCGCUGAUGAAAAUGCCAGAACCGGUAAUACCUUUGAUAGCAGUGAAAUUGAUAAUCCAUAUUUGAUUGCCGUGCUAUCCGGACAUACACAAUCAGUACGAUCCAUAUCGGGGUUUGGGAACAUUAUAAUUUCGGGAUCAUAUGAUUCCACGGUACGAGUGUGGGAUUUAUUGGAUAAUGGCAAUUGUAAACAUAUUUUAACCGGACAUCAAGACCGAGUCUAUUCCACUGCUAUGGAUUUCCAUGCCAAGACAUGUUUCUCGGGAUCCAUGGAUUCUACCAUUAACAUGUGGAACUUUGAGACAGGGAAACUAAUCAAGACCCUUGAAGGGCAUUCGUCGUUGGUUGGUCUUUUAUCGCUUGUUGACGGUGUCUUGGUGUCGGCUGCUGCUGAUGCGACAUUACGGAUCUGGGAUCCUGCCACGGGGGAAAUCCUGAGUAAAUUAAAGGGACAUGGGGCAGCAAUCACAUGUUUUGAGCAUGAUGGGCUUCGUGUCGUUAGUGGUAGUGAGAAGAUGCUUAAAUUGUGGGACGUUAAGCGUGGUUGUUUUGCUCGUGAUUUAUUGGCCGAUGUGACUGGCGGCAUUUGGCAGGUUAGAAUUGAUUACAAGAGAUGUGUUGCUGCUGUACAAAGAUUUAACGAAGAAGAAGAAGGGGAAACGUUUAUUGAAAUUUUAGAUUUCAGUGAACCACCUAAAUAGCACUAAUCUUCUAUUAAAUAUAAUUUACGCAAUUUAUUUAGACGUUCGAGUCCGUCAUUCAUUGUAAAGCUCUUUUUCCUCUUUGUCGUUGUGGGUCUGUCUAUUAUCGUCAGGUCAUUAUUGAUGUAUUCUCCAUUGAUGCCGAUAUUGUUAAUCGAUCCAAGUAUCAAGCUAAAGAAGUAGUCAUGCAAGUGAGGAUCGUGCACAUGGGAACAGAAUGGUUUGUGAUCAUGGACGGGAUCAAACUGAGGACCCAAAGGUUGGUCGAAUUCUGUGAGUUCAUCAUGUGGUUCGUGAUGAAGAGGAUAUUUAACUGGGGUCAAUGCUUGUAAAGUGUUCAAGUUCAGGGCUGGUGUGACCGUAUUUAAAAACACUCUCAGAUUACACAUGCCACAACUCAUGACUAAAAUCACGUCAUUAGCAUAUCUCUGCGCAUUCAAACUCCACCCUUGUGCUGCUAUUUCGUAGAACCAUACUGGAAUAUGUUGGAGGCACGCGCUGACAUUUUCCUUGUCAAGUUUGUAAUAUCUUGCUAGUAGCCAUUGGUUGGAUAUGUUAAUAAACUCGGGCGAUUGUAAUGACGAAGAUUUGAAUAUUUGAUCAUAAUGUUCUUGUAAAAUUAAGGAAUUAUCGACUAAGCUCUUUAAAUUUUUGAGGUAUUGGGUAAUAAGAAAGGUGUUUGUAGCGCUAAGGUAAUGUCGAGGGUAGUACACUCCAUCCAAGGGAGUUUCAAAAUUCCUCCAGCUGCAUUCCGUAGAAUGUCCUGUGGUUUCAAUCUGAACCAUGUACUUUUCAAUCAAUUUACUAUUCAAUUCAUCAUCAUACUCCUUGCCACUUAAGAAGUCAAUGUCAAAUGGAGAUGUAUCGUUGGAUAUGUUGUUAUUACUGAAUCGCAAGAUUAGUUGUUGGUGGCAGUUUGUACAUAUCAAAUGAUUUUUAAUAUUCCUUGCGAAUGAAGCACAUUUCCAUCCGUUUCUCGCACAUUUAAGUUCAUUCAACUGGGGACUAUUUGGAACUUGCCAGUUCAAACUAUUGAAACUGCGUAGCCUUCCGAGUAACAUAUUCAAAUCGUAAGGGUCAAACACGGUCAGCUUCGACUGAAUCUUUUCGAUACUCUUUUGCAGCUGUACCUUGGACUUGUGAUACGUGAAAUGAUUCUUUUGCUUGACUUUUUGGAAAUAUUGAAUGUCUGGAUGCUGGUUAAAUGACGUAUUACCUAAAUAGACUGUAUUCUUGUGAUUAUAUGAUUCAUGGGCUGGUGAUUGAAAUAUAUCGAGACAAUCUUCUAGCACUUGUGAUGUAUUAUGGGACACCUCAUCUAGACUGAAUAUAGGGUCCAUCUUUGACGAAGUCUUGCUUAGUUGU